AAGCGAGGAGUGGAGGCUCCUAGCGGAGGAGGAGGCGGCGGCUGCUGCUGGAGGAGAGGCGGGGCGCUCGCCUGGGCUUCCUCCGCCUCCCGGGCCCCGCCGCAGAGAGCGCGAGCGGGGCUGUGGUGGCCGCCCUCUGCUGUGCCCGCCAUGGGGAUCCGCAAGAAGAGCAACAAGAACCCUCCCGUGCUCAGCCAUGAGUUCGUCGUGCAGAACCACGCGGACAUCGUCUCCUGCAUGGCCAUGGUCUUCCUGCUCGGGCUCAUGUUCGAGGUUACAGCAAAAGCAGCUGUUGUCUUUGUUACACUUCAAUACAAUGUUACCAUUUCUGCCACAGAAGACCAGCCUGUGGAAACAGUCACACUGUAUCACUAUGGCAUCAAAGAUCUGGCUACUGUUUUCUUCUACAUGUUGGUAGCAAUAAUUAUACAUGCUAUUAUUCAAGAAUAUGUGUUAGAUAAAAUUAACAGGCGAAUGCACUUUUCCAAAACAAAGCACAGCAAAUUCAAUGAAUCUGGACAACUCAGUGCAUUCUACCUUUUCUCCUGUGUUUGGGGAACCAGCAUUCUUGUGUCUGAGAACUAUAUAUCUGAUCCGACUUCACUCUGGCGAGACUAUCCACAUACAAUGAUGCCGUUUCAAAUGAAGUUUUUCUACAUCUCACAGUUGGCAUACUGGUUCCAUGCGUUUCCAGAACUCUACUUCCAGAAGACAAAAAAAGAAGACAUUCCUCGCCAACUUGUUUAUAUUGGGCUGUAUCUUUUCCAUAUCACAGGAGCUUAUCUGUUAAAUUUGACCCAUCUUGGGCUGGUUCUCCUUGUGUUGCAUUACUUUGUGGAAUUUCUCUUCCACAUAUCUAGACUGUUUUACUUCAGUGAUGAAAAAUAUCAAAAAGGGUUUUCACUUUGGGCAAUUCUUUUUGUGUUGGGAAGACUUCUGACCUUGAUUCUUUCUGUCCUCACUGUUGGAUUUGGCCUUGCUAGAGCAGAGAAUCAAACAUUGGAUGUUAGUUCUGGAAACUUCAAUGUGCUGCCAAUCAGAAUCAGCGUGUUGGCCUCCAUCUGUUUAACUCAAGCCUUUAUGAUGUGGAAGUUCAUUAAUUUUCAGCUAAGAAGGUGGAGAGAACAUUCCUCCCCUCCCCAACCAGUAAAAAAGAAGUCUGUGACAACUAAAGGCAAGCCAUCCAAAAAAGAAAGAGAAAAUGGAAUAAAUGGAGCAUUGACCUCAAAUGGAGCAGACUCACCUCGUAGCAGGAAAGAAAAAUCCUCUUAAAACAGAACUUUAUUAAGUUAAUUGACUAAUAUCCCCAAAGAGAACUGCUUUUUACGUUGGAAAGUCCUUCAGCACCAGAAUUCUUACUGUUAACAAAAAUAAAAUCAGUGCUUUUUGAUUAUUGCUGCCAUAAUGGUUUUUGUGCAACUUUUAAAAACAUUUUAACUGACAAAGGGGGCCACCUUAUUUUUAUUACCUUCAGAAGUGUUUUGGAUAUUAAUCAGAAUUCACUUGCCAAAAAUCAGUAAUACAGUUUGUCAUUCCUUCCAGCUUUACAGUUGUGAUGUAGCCCAUUCCAAAAAUGUUAUGAAGUU